UUUCAGUAGAAGAGGAGGAGCUGCUGUUACAUUUCCCUAAAGCUGCACUAGAACUGGUUAAGUUAGGUGUUAGUGGUGAACACUGGCACAGACAGUCCACAGAGCAGCAUCAGGAUGGAAGGGAUCUUCAUUGGUGUCUUGUGUCUCUCAGGGUGCCUCACCUUCUCCACAUGCCUCCUCCAUCAGUACCACUUUAUGUCUAAUGCAAAGACUUGGACUGAAGCUCAGAGCUACUGCAGAGAGAAGUACACAGACCUGGCCACUAUUGAAAACACUGAAGAAAUGAAGAAGCUUAAUGACACAGUUUCCGCUGCUGGUAACAGCUCUGAGGUUUGGAUUGGCCUGUACAGUCAUAUUGACUGGAAGUGGUCAGAUGGGUUCAACCAGAGUGGAGCUGAAUAUAGGAACUGGUAUCCUUCUCAACCAAACAAUGAUUUAGCCAAUGAGCUCUGUGUGGUCAUGUCAGCGUCUGGAAAAUGGCAUGAUUAUGGAUGCCAUACACAGUUUCAAUCUGUGUGCUUCAAUGGAACAUUAGAGGAUUCUGACUUUGUGCCAGUGAAUACAGCAAAGACUUGGUCUGAGGCUCAGAGGCACUGCAGAGAACACUACACAGAUCUGGCCACUGUGAGGAACGACACUGACAACAACAAGAUACAUACCUUGAUACCAAGUUUUGCAUGGAUCGGUUUGUACAGAGAUCCUCAGAUUUACUGGUCUGACGGGAGUAACUACUCAUUCAGCUCCUGGUAUCAGGGUGACCACCCACUUGGCUCGAUGAAAGUCGUAUGUGGUGUUGCAGAUUUGGAGAAGGGAGGAAACUGGAGGUUAAUUUCCUGUGAAGAAAGAAAACCAUUUGUCUGCUACAGCAUCACAACAGUGAAGACGUUGGUGAAGAUGAGGGUGAAGCUAGAGGACUCCUCUUUGGACCUGAAUGACCCUGCUGUGAAAGAACAGAUUCUGAAAGAGCUCCAGGACAGAUUGAAGGAGAACGGACUGAGUGGCGUCACCUUGAAGUGGAAAGAACAGGCUGAUGGGAAAGUUUUCCACAAGGAGGAAAAAGGUUCCGACAAGAAAAAAAAAACUGAGCUUUAA